AUGGCCGAUGUUGAUAUGGCCGCCGAAGUGAAUGGAUCAGGUCAUCCAUGGGCUGCUAAAUCUGUCGAAGGAUGGAUCAUAGUCGUCACUGGAUUGAACGAAGAGGCGACUGAGGAAGAUUUACAAGAUUUAUUUGGUGAUUACGGAGAAGUCAAGAAUUUAUCAAUGGCUUUGAACCGACGUACGGGUUAUGUUAUGGGGUACGCUCUUGUUGAAUUCGCAGAAAAGGAACAAGCAGAGAAAGCAAUCAAAGAUACGGAUGGAACUACCUUUUUAGAAAAGACAAUUAAAACGGAUUUCGCAUUUGCUAAAGCACCUGCAGGCGGAAGGUCGCGUGCACCUGCUGAUGGAGCAAGAAGAGGUGGAAGGGACAGAGAAGCUUCUCCAAGUAGACGAUAG